AUGACAGAAUCUAGAGAAAUUUCAUUAAGUGACUCAGAAAUUAUUGGUGCUUAUUCCUUAGAUGGAGAUAGAAAAUAUAAGAACGAAAUGAGUGGCUUAAAAUACCUGAAAAUUCCAGAUUUAAUAAAAAAUCAUAUUAAUUUAAAUGAAGCUGAUUAUAAAGAUAAAGCCAAAAAUUAUGACACUUUAGAACGAAUCAAGCAAAUGACAAGUUUCAUCUUGGACAAUCCUGAAAGUGCUGUGAAAAAUAAAAAAAUUGAUGCGGAUUUCGUUUGUUUUCGUGGAGCUUUGAAGAACUUAAUGACGACACCUUAUAAUAAAAAUCCCAAUUGGAUAUUGAAGGCUGUCAAACUUAAAAGUACAAUUUAUUUCAUUAUUGAGUUGAAUUACAAAGACAACACAGGAAUUAAGAAACCUGAUGAUAAAUCAUAUCAAUAUGGAGUUAUGUCCUAUCGUCUGAUCCUGAACAAAGAAUCAAAAGGAAAAUCUGAAAUUGUGAAUGAAAAUGAUGAAUUUUGCAUUCUUAUGUCAAGAACAAUCGGCAAUUCUACGAAAAUUAUUUUUGGAAUCGAAAGGGCCAAAAAGUCAAUUCACUUGAUGAUUUGA